GACGGCGACGCGUGCGCACAACGAAAUACGGAACAUAGAACGGUUGAACUGUGGAACAAAAUGGCGUCAAUAAAAAUCUGCAUAUUUGCUUUGCUAGUGGGAACAACGCUGGCUCAGCGUGCGUAUUUACGGGUGGGUCCGGGCCAUCCGCCAUCUCAGCGCCAUUUACCGCCAAGGACACGCGAUCCCGUCCAGGAAGCAGCAGUGGAGCCCAAACGCAAACAAGUGCAGGCAGCGGCGGAGUAUGAGCCCAGCGAGGAGUGCCCAGAACCAAAUGGCUUCUAUCCGGAUACCAAACAGUGCGAUAAAUACUAUGCGUGCCUAGAUGGUGUGCCCACGGAGCGUCUGUGUGCCGAUGGCAUGGUCUUCAACGACUACACGCCCAUCGAGGAGAAGUGCGAUUUGCCGUAUAACAUUGAUUGCACGAAGCGUUCCAAGUUGCAAACUCCACAAUCCUCGCUGCACUGCCCACGCAAGAACGGAUACUUUGGUCACGAGAAGCCCGGCAUUUGCGAUAAAUUCUACUUCUGUGUGGAUGGACAGUUCAAUAUGAUCACCUGUCCCUCGGGAUUGGUAUUCAAUCCGAAGACUGGCAUCUGCACGUGGCCCGACGAGGUGGGCGUCACUGGCUGCAAGUCGGAGGAUAUCUUUGAGUUCCAGUGCCCCAAGGUGAACGAGAGCAUUGCAGUGACCCAUCCGAGAUACGCUGAUCCCGACGACUGCCAGUUCUUCUAUGUGUGCGUGAAUGGAGACGUGCCACGCCGCAAUGGCUGCAAGCUGGGGCAGGUGUUCGAUGAUGAGAACAAGACCUGCGACUGGGCUCGCAAGGUGCCGGACUGCGCUGAUUGGUAUAAGGAUCGUCUAACCGAUGCGGAGCUGGAUGAACUGGAGAACCCCAAGCCAAAGUCAACGACCACCAAGAGGCCAGCACGAGUGCGUGGCGCCUCCAGGCGCAAGCCGAAGCCGAAGGUCGUCCAGGAGGAGGAACCUGAGGAGGAGUAGCUGGUCCACUUGUCGACUGUUUAGUCUUAAGUUUGUCCCUCCUGUUAACAAAUAAAUUUCAAAUUCCGUCAAUCAUAAAUUCUAUAACUCUAAUGACAAACGGAACUAUUUAAA